AAUGAACAACUUUUAAACAACCUGACUAACUUAAGCUCUUCCAGUGACGAGCUUGACCACACCUUGAACCCAACAUGAGGGUGUCUGAGUUUGCUGCAGCAUCAGGAGAGGCAGAGACAGCAUGACUUCUACCAAGAUGCUGCUGCUCUUGCUGUCCAUGGCUUUGGUAGACUUGUGCUCUGCUCAGGGCAUCAAUGACGAAGCCCCUCAAGAGGAAGAGCAGACACCCCAAUUAUUAGGAGAUGAUGAAUUAUUGGAAGAAAACCCAGAGGAAUCACAAGACAAAUCUCAAGAGGAAAAUGAGGAUGAGAGAGGCAAACCUGGAGAGAAAGGCCACGGGCAACCAAACAAACCUCAUAACCAGGGUCUCCAGGGAGAACCAGGGUCUCCAGGGAGGCCUGAAAGGCCCAUUUGGCAGUGGUGACCCAAAUGGCCCAGGUGGCCAACAAGGACCAGGUGGGCAACAAGGACCAGCUGGCCAGCAAGGUCCAGGUAACCAAGGUCAUCCCGGUGGCCAACAAGGACCAGCUGGCCAGCAAGGUCCAGGUAACCAAGGUCAUCCCGGUGGCCAACAAGGACCAGCUGCCCAGCAAGAACCAGGUGGCCAACAUGGCCCAGGUGCCCAGGGAGACCAGCAGGGAAGAGAUGACCAGCAUGGUCACCCCGGUGGCCAGUGACAAAGUAACCCUACUAAGGAGGUCCUCCAGUGAUUCUCUAGGUAUGAAGUGCAUUCUUAUUCACUGAUCUCCUGAAUUUCCCCUUUUCAAUUCCUAAUUCUUCUUUCUGUUCUUUGGCUCAUUGAAACCUUGAUU